AAAUAGAUGAUACAGUUCAUAUCAAUUUCUAAAAAUGGAAUAUCCCACUCGAUAAGACACACACCUUUAUCUGACCUACAAACAUUUACACCCUGAUUUUCCCCUGCUUUCCACCCUUCAGUUCCGCUAAAAUGUGGUCUCCAAAUUCCCCCAUACACCUGUAUAUAUUGUAGCUUCUUGGGAUCUCAAAUAAUCUGGACACAAAGCUCCUAAUGUUGUAACCUACUGUACAGCUGUCAAGAUCGUCGUUUAAUUUUUACAAUUUAAUUUUCCUUUUCUUAUCCGCAAGUAGCUCAAUAUCGUCCAAUGAUGAGCAGACUCUUCCUGACAUCAUCCACGCUGCUGUUGUUGCUGUGCAUCUGGGUCAACUCGAUUGAAAGCAGUCCAGUACGGUGUUGUACCAAGUAUUCGACAAAGUCCUUUCCUCUACAGCUGCUAAAAGAUUACAAGCAGCAAGAUGACACCAUGACAUGUAACAUACCGGCUAUUGUUUUUAUUACUGUGAAGAACAGAAACAUAUGUGCUAACCCCAAUGACCUCUGGGUUCAGAAUGCCAUAUCACAUAUCCAGAAAAAAAGGAAAUUAUAAUAAUAUAGACACCUUAUCUGCCUGAAAUAGUUCGCACUGGAA